AUGCAGGCAGCAUCUCAAUCGAGACCCUCCUCACAGCAAUCCUUCACCAUGAGCCAACAAUCCCAGCCGGGCCUGGCAUCAUCAGGGUACCGCCCUUACGACGGUGGCUCCAAGAUGGCCGCGGCCGACCACCAGAUCUACUCUGCCGUCUACUCUGGCGUCGACGUGUACGAAAUGGAGGUCCAAGGUGUUGCCGUGAUGCGCCGGCGCAACGACAGCUGGCUCAAUGCCACCCAGAUUCUCAAGGUCGCCGGCGUCGAAAAGGGAAAGCGCACCAAGAUUCUCGAGAAAGAGAUCCAGACCGGCGAGCACGAAAAGGUCCAGGGCGGCUAUGGCAAAUACCAGGGUACAUGGAUCAAGUUUGAGCGAGCCGUCGAGGUCUGCCGCCAAUAUGGCGUCGAGGAGAUUCUUCGCCCUCUACUGACCUACGACAUGGGCCAGGACGGCGGUAUCGCUGGUCGCGGCGACAUCAACACUCCGACAAAGGAGCAGGCCAUGGCCGCCCAGCGCAAGCGCAUGUACAACCUCGGCAACGAGGCCAGGGGCAACGGUCUCAGCGGCACCUUCUUCAAAAACAUUUCCAGCACCGCAUCGCAUGCCGUGGCUGCUAUCAGCAAAGCACGCUUCGAAUCGCCGGGGCCCAGGAGCCGCAAUGGCCCGACACGCGCCCCGAGUUUCAGUCGCCAGAGCUCGAUGCAGAAUGCAGACGAUUUCCCCGGCAACUCGCAACAGAGCUUCGCCUCCGAUUAUGGUCAGCAGGCGAACUCGCAAAUGUCGUCCCAACAGACACAGCCUUUUCCCGAACCGAGCGCAGAGCCGCCAAGGAAGCGACAGCGAGUCACAAUGACCCCGGCCGACAGCUUUGGCUACACACAUUCCAACAUGGACAUGCUCCAAGAGAACUUUCCCGGCUCGCCAACAGAACCUAACGAGUCCUUCAUCUACUCACAAGCCGUCAGUAAUGCGCAACCACACGACGGCUACAGCCCCUUGUCACCUCUGCCUUUCGAGGUCUCCCCCGAUGCGGAACAAAAACGAAGCAUGCUCAUGGGUCUCUUCAUGGAUGCGGCCGCAUCAGACCAGAACAAGCAUGAAAUGCUACGAUCCUUUACCCCGGCCGAGCUCGACAUGCCCAUCGACCAGCAGUGCCACACUGCUCUGCAUUGGGCAGCUACCCUGUCUCGCAUGCAUCUCCUGAAGACGUUGUUGAGCUACGGCGCUAGCCCUUUCCGCGUGAAUGCAGCAGGCGAGACGGCUCUCAUGCGGGCCUGUGUCGUGACGAAUUCGAUGGACCUUGGAUCCUUCCCCGACUUGCUCGAGGUUCUCGGUUCGACCAUUGAGGUUCGGGACGCAAAGGGACGCACUGCGCUACACCACAUCGCCAUGACAAGCGCCGUAAAAGGGCGAAACGCAGCCAGCCGCUACUAUCUCGAGAGCUUACUGGAAUGGGUCGUACGCCAAGGCAGCCAAGGCAGGGCAACGCUUUCAGACGCCGCAGCCAAAGGCCGCGAUGCCGAAGGGGGCACGUCGGGCUCGCAGUCUCAGCAGCAAAAGAUGGGCAUCGGCCGCUUCAUGAUGGAGGUUGUUAACGUGCAAGACAACUCGGGCGACACGGCUCUGAAUAUUGCGGCGCGCAUCGGCAACCGAAGCAUCAUCUCUCAACUUCUGGAAGUUCACGCAGAUCCACACAUCGCUAACAAGGCUGGUCUACGACCUCUCGACUUUGGCAUUGGUGGUGACGCCGCAGAAGACAAUAUCAACGGUACGAAUGGCGACGCGAACACAGAAAAGAACGGCGCUGCGCCCAGCAGUCAGAAGUCCCGCGAGAGCAGUGAUGAGAUCAUCUCCUCAAUAACACAUCUCCUUCAUGAAACCUCGAGCACAUUUCAAGCGGAGAUCAAGUCCAAGCAGGCCAGUAUCGACUCGCUCCAUGCGGUCCUCCGCACCUCGACGACUCAGCUCGCCGACGCCCGCCGCACCCUCGAGACCCUCCAGCAGACACAUAAGAAGCAGCAGCUCGCUCGUCAAAAGGUUGCCAACCUGUCACACGCACGCGAGGAUGAGCAGGUCCGUCUCAUGCAAGAGCAAAAGCGCCAGGGCCGUCCCGAUGCCCUCGCAUCCGGAGCAUGGGAGACCGAGCUGGCCGCCGUCCUUGAGGCCGCCAGCGAGAGCGGCGCCGAUGGCGCUGCCGGCCUUCUGCCGCCCGGGGCGACGCUCAAGGCGCGAUCCAAGGCCGUGGAGAACCGCAGAGACGGGCUGCGGAAGAUGGCCCUUGCGUUGAAGGGGCGGAGUCGAGACGUCGAAGUCAAGUACCGCCGCGUCGUAGCCAUGUGCACGGGCGUGCCCGAAGGCGAGGUGGACGCCAUGGUUGACGGCCUGCUGAGGGCCGUCGAGAGCGAAAAGGGCGAGCUCGAAAUUGGCCGGGUCAGGAGGUUCCUCGGCGGUGUCGAGAACGGUGUGUCCUAG